AUGAGUUCUGGUACGGGGAGCGCUAGCACCGCCAAACCCGGCCCGCCAUCCAAGCAGGGUCAGGGCGCUUUCUCUGGGGUCAGCAACCACGCCAUUCUCCUCGACAAGCUCAACCGUCGAUCAACGCCCGACUCUGAGGCUCUGGCGAGCUCGGACGACGAGGCUGAUUCUCAUCGCCAGGAAGCCCCUCAACAGGCCACCCAGCCGCAGAAGCCUGUGAGACGCGCUUCUUGGCUCAACGACACUACCCAACCGCUUCCUCGACCCCGUAAAGGUUCAUUCGCCAGCAGUUCCAUGUCUCCUACAGCCUCACACCCAAGCACCCCUUCUGCGGAAGGAACCGCCCCCUGGGGUACUCACCCUCAGCCAUCGGGCGUCAUGGGUCGCGCUCCGGUUUCCGGGGGCUCUUUUACCUGGGGAACAGGCAUCUGGAACAACGAGAGAAAGGACCCUCCCUCGCGCCUGAGCGAAGUCCUGCCUUCGCCCACGUCCACGAUGCCGCCUGGCUCAGCCGGAGGCUCUUUUUUCAAUACUGACGGCAACUAUGGCCAGACGUCUCCCGCGCCGAGAGACUCCGGCCCCAACGCUCAGAUCCCCUUUGCUAUUCCUCUCCACCCUACCCCCAAGACCUACCGCUCUCAGUCAUACUCUGUCGGCCAGUUGGAGCCUGACGCACCCUCGGCUGCGAUGAGCAGCUCUGCGAUCCUAGGUCGCAGUCGCGCCCAUGGACACUCGGGUCUGCAGCAUCGGCCUUCCCGUCCCAGCAUGCUGAGUGAGAUGUCGAACGAUGGGGGACUGCUUGGAAAGGUCAAGGAAGUUGACGACGACGACGACGAGAGUGCGACGGAAUCCAUGCAGGGGUCCAUGCAUCAGUCCAUGGAGGCAAAGACGAUUGAGUUGCUCGCUCGUGAAAACGCUAUGCUUCGUCAGCAGCAGCAACAACAACAACAACAACAACAGCAGCAGCAGCAGCAACAACAGCAGCAGCAGCAGCAGCAGCAGCAGUAUCAGAACCGACUCCGCCCGCGAGCCUCGACUGGUGCGGCUUACGGACUUGGCAACGGUUACGCUCUGCGCGAGUCUGUUCCCGAGGAGUCCGACUUUGCCAUUGACGAGCUAGACGAGGCCAACGACGGAAACGAGAUGGCGGCGAAGAGAGCCUUGGGUCGAAGGAUGAGUGAGUAUGGAGCGUCUGGUUUCCGGUCGCCGUACGAGAACCGGAAGCUGGAGAAUGUAAAAAAGGCUUUUUGGCACAGCUCUCUUGGCUUUGGCGGCCCCGAGGGACAGCAGAGUCGAAGACACUCGUUUGCGGACAUUCCGACCCGCCAGGGCUCCAUCAGUUCCAUUAACGAGUCGUUCAACGCGCUCGACAACCCCGUCGCCGAGCAGCAGCACUCCCAGGAUUUCUCCAUGGGCUACUCCGAGAACCAGAACUACCCUCUCGGCAACACUGCUGCUUACUUCACUCCCGGUGGAGGUCUUGCGGCCCCUCCCCAGAGCAUGCAGUUCAACAACCCGUUCCCGUCGGCGUAUGCGAUGCACCCUCCUUAUGGAAACCGUGCACCGUCGCCUCAUCGCAACGUCUAUGGCAUGUCGCAGCCGCGUCACAACCAGCUGCUGCACAUCGUCCUGUUCAAGUGCGCCAGAGCCGAUGUGUUUUACAUCCAGGAGGGCACCGGCCUGACCGUCAAGCCGGGUGACUUGGUCAUUGUAGAGGCCGAUCGAGGAACCGACCUCGGCACCGUCGCGCGGGAUAACGUCGACUGGCAGACUGCCAAAGAGCUCAAGGAGCACUACGCCGAGGAACAGUACAAGUGGCUGAUGAUGUACUCUCAGAACGCUGCCGCUGCCCAGGAUGGUACAGGCGCCGGCCUUAUGGCGGCCGCGAACGGUCUCCAGGGCAGCGCUGUUGGCGGAAUGGGCCCACCCAACCAACACCACAUGCAAGAGCCCAAUGCUGGCGAGCUGAAGCCGAAGCUGAUCAAGCGUCUGGCCCAGAGCCACGAAAUCCACGCCUUGCGGGACAAGGAGGGCAACGAGGCCAAGGCGAAGCGUGUCUGUAUGCAAAAGGUCAAGGAGCAUGGAUUGAACAUGGAGAUCCUCGAUGCCGAAUUCCAGAUGUGA